CUUCACAGAAAUUAGCUAGAGUAGCGGCUGCUCGGCUAAGAUAGGAUAUUAGCAUCUUGUUUACGUGCACAGUAGGUUGAAUUAACUACAUUGUAAAAAAAAAAAAAAAAUGGCUGGAAGUGCAGGAGAGUGGUGUCUGAUGGAGAGUGACCCCGGCGUGUUCACAGAACUGAUUAAAGGUUUCGGAUGCAAAGGUUCACAGGUGGAAGAGAUAUGGAGCAUGGAGCCGGAGAACUUCGACAACUUGAAACCAGUUCAUGGGUUGAUUUUCCUCUUCAAGUGGCAGCCAGGUGAAGAGCCAGCGGGGUCAAUCGUCCAGGAUUCACGGCUGGAUCACAUCUUCUUUGCAAAACAGGUCAUUAAUAAUGCCUGUGCCACUCAGGCGAUAGUCAGCGUUCUGCUCAACUGCUCCCAUUCGGACAUGCUGCUCGGAGACACGCUGACAGAGUUCAGAGAGUUCUCACAGAGUUUUGACGCUGCUAUGAAAGGUUUGGCUCUUAGCAACUCUGAAGUGAUCCGACAAGUUCACAACAGCUUUGCCAGACAGCAAAUGUUUGAAUUUGAUGCCAAGUCGUCAGCUAAGGACGAGGAUGCCUUUCACUUUGUCAGCUAUGUUCCUGUAAACGGCAGACUAUACGAGCUGGAUGGACUUCGAGAGGGACCAAUUGACCUGGGUGCAUGUAACCAGGACGACUGGAUCAGCGCAGUUCGCCCAGUGAUCGAGAAAAGAAUACAGAAGUACAGCGAAGGAGAGAUCCGGUUCAACCUAAUGGCCAUUGUGUCAGACAGAAAGAUGAUAUACGAGAGGAAAAUCGCCGAGCUUCAGACCCAGCUCACCGAGGACGAGCCGAUGGACACGGACCAGAGCAGCACGUUCCUCAGCUCCAUCCAGUCAGAAAUUGCCAAGUACCAGCUCCUUAUCGAAGAGGAAAAUCAGAAACUUAAAAGAUAUAAGAUUGAAAACAUUCGGCGAAAGCACAACUACCUUCCUUUCAUCAUGGAGCUGCUGAAGACGCUGGCAGAGUACCAGCAGUUAAUACCUUUGGUGGAGAAGGCGAAGGAGAAACAGAGUGCCAAAAAAGCCCAGGAAGCCAAGUGAACAGCAUCGCACACUUCAUCAGAAAAGCCUCUAAACGCACACACACACACACACACACUCAGAACCAUACAGCCCCUCUUUCAUCACUGAGCCACAUACAGACACGUCAUCCGUCAUUUGAUAUUAAUGGCCGUGGAUGGUCUGCAGCACUUCCUCACCGUGGCAUCUCGUGAACCAUCCACUCUUUAAGAACUGCACUGCAGGUGUAGCAGAGAGACUGUCCCACAAAAAGCUCUCUAUGCACGCGCGUGUGUGUGUGUCCAUCUGCUCUAAUGCAUGAUAGAAGAAAACUCGUGCUCAAAUUCUGUUCUGUCUUAUUUUCAUAAUAAAAUGUCUAGAUGUUUGUGAAAUCAUGUUUUCAUGGACAGAUGAUAAAACCCAA